ACAGACAGAAACAUGUUUCUCCAGAUUCUCCUCGCGUGCGCGGUCCAGACCGUCUACUGCGUCCAGAACUGUAAGGAGCUCCCUGUGUUCAGCCCGUCUCCACUGGUGGUGAAGCAUGGCGACCCCGCUAUAGCCACAUGCUCCAUCUGCAACAACGACAGCUCCUGUGACUAUGAGCUCCGCCUGGAGGAGCCCUUUCAGGCCAGUGUCAAGAAAGGGAACCAAAUGCUCUGGAACGUCCCCAACAUGACAGAGUGGAGUUUGCAGAUAUAUUGUUUUAUAUUUGACACCAGCUGUACAACCUCUCUGGAAGUGAUUGUUUAUCAGCCUCCAGAGAAAGUGUCCGUGAGCUUUAGGAAACACUCGGGCCGCCUGCUGGAGAACCCCUCAGGGCCCCUGGAGGAGGACCAGCUGUACUGUCUGCAGUGUGAGGUGGAGGCUGUGGCUCCUGCUCAGAACAUGACUGUGGCCUUUUACAGGGGCCUCACUGAGCUGAGUGUCAUGAGAAGCAGCGCAACAGACAAGCGUCCAGUGAACGUGAACUUGUGUCUGAACCACACCGUGAGCAGACAGGACCAUGGCGCCACCUUCUGGUGUGAGGCCAGACUGGAGCUGGGGCCUGAAGGCCCACAGCCCCCUCCAGUGGUCAGGUCACACAACAUCACUGCCAACGUGCUCUAUGCGCCAUGCUGUGAGGGCCAGGAGGAGCCACAGAUCCUCACUGUGGCCCAGGGUGCGUCUGUUGAUCUAGUCUGCAGCACUCAGGGGAACCCCCAGCCUCUGUACAGCUGGAGCCACCCCUUAGUUUCUGGCUUCAGAGGCGAUGUGCUCACCAUCCCCUCUGCCUCCUCCCAGCAUGAGGGUCCCUACACCUGCACCGCAUCCAACGCUUUAGGGGCCAUCACCCGGAGCUUCACUCUCAGGGUGCACGUGGACUAUGUGCCCAUCAUCAUCACCGUCGUAAUAGCAGUGGUGCUGCUGCUGGGCGCUGUAGUAGCCUUUGUGGUCUACAAGGCCUUCUACAAGCCCCACCGGACAGGCCACUACCACAUUAGUAAUAUGUUCCGCUUACAACGCCAUGAUGCCGUUCCCACCACUGAGUGAGGGAUGGGCCACUGCUGUACCCAUGACCAUACCCACCGAUAAUUGAGGGAGGGGCCACCACUGUACCCACCGCAGAGUGAGGGACACCGCUGAGCCCACAGCUGAGUGAAGGAGGGGCCAGAUGUGACCUGGUCCUGGUCUCAAACCAUCAGGACUUGGGAUGGACCUGGACUUUUAAUAGGACUGCUCUGGCUUCAGGGCGUGUGUAACGGUGCUACGGACUGAAACAGGGAAGGGUUAAUGGGGCAAGUAAAGUUUAUUACUUGGUCUGGACUAGGGAUGACCAAACUAUGGUCCUGAUGCCAAAUGCAGCCUUGAGACCACUGUUUUUUUGUCCUCAACGCCUCCUGCUGUAUUGGCCCAUAUGAGCGUAGGCAGUGCUUCUUAUUGCAAAUGUAAGUCAUUCUACCUGUACCUGUCCUAUACUGUCCUGGAGUUGUGUUUUGUUUCAUUCACACAUGUUUAACACAAACUCUGCAUGUUUAGACUGAGAUCUUUUCUCUGUUCCACCUUGUGAUGUCAUGUGGUAAUACAGGAAGUGCUCCACUGUGUUUUUAAAUUCCAAACACCUUCACUAGAAUCAUUUGGAUCAUUUCAGCCCUGGAAUUGCCUAUCUCUGCUGAACUAAAGGUAAAAGGAGCUGUUAACUUGGAAAACUACUGCUUCAUGACAUCACAAGGUGGAACAGAGCAUUUUGAGCUGUGGAGAUGCAGACAGACUAAUAAUAAAGGGUUACUAAAACAUGUGUGAAUGAAACAAAACACAACAUUGGCUUAAAGCUCACUUUAGUUAUUUUUGUGUACUAUAGGCCCUUUAAUGUUUUUCAUUCUCACACAAGUCGCCAUGUUCUGUUUUGGUACGAAUUAGCACAUUGUGUAUUUUUAGUUUGAUGAGGGAGACACUGCGGUGACACAAUGAUUAACUAGACACUACACUAGAUACAUUUUCUAAUACCUCCAAUUCCUUAGAAAAAUCUUAGUUCUGAAUCCAGCCUCAAGACAUUUCAAACUAGUGUCGUCACAAAAUUAAAAUUCAAUUCAAUUCAAGUUUAUUUAUAUAGCACAUUUAAAAACAACCUCAGCUGACCAAAGUGCUUCACAUAAAAUAAUUAAACACAUAAAACAUCACACAAUGAGGUAUAAUUACAUUAUACAAAAGAGCAUAAAAUACAAUAACAGUGCAAGUACCAAGACAUUCAAUCUAGACAGCUCAAAACUCAUCUUUUCUCCCUGGCUUUUAAUACUGAGACUUAAACUGAGAUAAUCGGACAGACAAAGGGAGACUGUUCCACAAUUUGGGGGCUGCCACAGAAAAGGCCCUGUCACCCCUAGUUUUGAGCCUAGCUUUAGGCACAGCUGACCUCAGAGUUCUGGGAGGAGUAUAAGGCUGCAGCAGCUCCCUAAGAUAGGCUGGGCCCAUAAAGUUAAGACAUUUAAAGACAAUCAGUAACACUUUGAAUUUCACCCGAAAAGCAAUAGGGAGCCAAUGUAAAGUGCACAGAUCAGGCGUAAUGUGCUCCCAUCUCUUAGUUUUGGUCCGAAGCCGAGCUGCAGCAUUUUGAACAGUCUGCAGACGCUGUAUAGAGCCCUGCUCCAGACCUACAUACAAAGAGUUACAGUAAUCCAGGCGCAAUGUGACAAAAGCAUGUAUAGCUUUUUCAAAAUCAGCCAGAGGCAAAUAAGGCUUAAGUUUAGCCAGAAUCCGGAGCUGACAAAAGCUAGCUCUUAUAACUGAGCUGAUAUGUUUGUCGAGUUUGAGCAUGGAGUCCACAAUCACUCCUAGAUUCUUCACUGAAGGACGACAGAAAGAAGACAGUGACCCAAUCACACUGUCAUGUCCAGUGAGUAGCUCAGUUUGACCAAAAACCACAAUCUCAGUUUUACUUUGGUUUAAGUUUAAAAAGUUACUGCUCAUCAAAAUGUCAAACUCGAUUUCAAUACUAAGGAUUAGACUCAAUACUGAAUACCAAUUCUGAUACCCCGAUGAUGGUAAAAAAAAAAACUAUUUCUUUAGACAAGAGAAUGUAAUUUUCAACAUGAAAUAGUAGUACUUUCUUUUAUAUUCCCUUGUGGCCUUAUAUCUGUGUAAUCCCUCAGUUGUUCAGGUAGGCUCCAUAGUGGUCCAUGUACUAGUCUGUGUCUUAUACUUGUUAUGAUACAGCUCAAGAUCAUUCUUAAGCUAUUCAGGAAAGGUUCAUUUCUGUCCUGUAAAUGUGACUUUUUUUAGUUUUGAUACCUGCUCAAAUGUGUAUCUAGCUUUAAUAAUAGUUUUAGUAUCGAUUAGCAUCUGAUUUUUUUUAUUCCAAACAUGAUUCUUCUACCUCAUCUGUACAUGAAUCUUUGUACAGUUUAGGUACAGUGGCUUUGUGUACCACUGUGUACUUCCUAUUGUAAAGCUAAUGUCAUUUAUUGUACUGACUUUAAAUUAAAUAAGGUUAACAUUAAAACUAUACAUCUCAAGUCUUGU